AUGUCAAGAUUCUCAACUCAUAGAACCGAUUCAAAGCCCACUGACCCCGGCCUGACCGAAUCUAAAACAAAAGAUGACGGUAUUAAGAUUACAGCUAUAGAAUCAACAUCAUCGAUUGAAACUGACCAAGUUGCCAAAAAUCCAUUUUUAGAUCCAAAAGUUGAGGAAUACUAUCGUCAAUUAUAUUCUGAAUCGAAAUAUGAAUGCUAUGAUGCUUUUGAUCCUGGAUAUGAAUGGACCGAAGAAGAAGAAAGGAAAGUAGUCAAGAAACUUAACAUUGAUAGAGGUAACUUGGCUCAAGCAGUCACUGAUAACUUGUUGGACGAUUUAGGUAUGACUACCAAUGACUAUAAUAUCGGUAAUACAGUUUUCAGAGUUUCAUUCUUAUUAGCUGAAAUCCCUUCCCAAUUAAUUUCCAAGGCGCUUGGUCCAGAUAUUUUCAUUCCUAUCCAAAUUUGUAUGUGGAGUGUGGUAGCUAUGUGUCAAGCCGGUUUGAGUGGUAGAGUCUCAUUCUACAUUACUCGAGCAUUAAUUGGUGCUUUAGAAGGAGGGUUCAUUGCUGACUUGGUUUUGUGGUUAAGUUACUUCUUCACUAGGAAAGAGUUGCCAGUUAGAUUAUCUUGGUUCUGGACUACCUUGUCUUUGGUUCAAAUUGGUACUUCAUUACUUGCUUUCGGUGUUUUGAGAAUGAGAGGUAUUGCUGGGUUAGAAGGAUGGAGAUGGUUGUUCUUGAUCGAAGGAAUCUUCACAUUGUUUAUCGGUAUUGCCUCAUUCUACAUGAUGGUUCCAUCUGCUGUUCAAACUAAGAACUGGAUGCAUCCUAAAGGUUGGUUUACUGAGAGAGAAGAAAAGAUCGUUGUUAAUAGAAUUUUGAGAGAUGAUCCAAGUAAAGGUUCCAUGCACAAUCGUCAAGCUAUUGGUCCAAAAAUGUUAUUCAAGAGUUUGAAAGAUUACCACUUAUGGCCAAUUUUCGCAAUUGGUGUUAUUGCUUUCAUUGGUCAAAACACUUUUGGGUCAUACUUUGGUCUUUUGAAUAGACAAUUAGGCUUCUCAGUGUUUGAUACCAAUCUUUUAACCAUUCCUCAAGCGGUACUCCACAUUAUUUUCUUGUUGCUGAUCACUUGGUUUUCAGAGAGAAUUAAUCAAAGGGCAUUAGUGUGUCUCUUAGCUCCACUUUAUGCAACUCCAUUAAUUGCAAUUAUCAGAUGGUGGCCAGGUGCAGGUAUCAAGGUAUGGCCAACCUAUGUUUUGAACACUUUGUUCUUAGGUCAACCAUAUAUUCAUGCUAUUUGCGUUUCUUGGGUAUCUAGAAACUCUAAUUCUGUUAGAACUAGAUCCAUUAGUUCUGCACUUUAUAACAUGUUUGUCCAGCUAGGAAGUGUGUUUGGUGAGAAUAUUUACAGAAAAGAUGAUUUGCCUUUAUAUCAUCGUGGUAAUAUGCAAAUCUUCUUUAUUACUGCUGCUUUGAUUCCAGUGUUAUUAUUGACUAAAUACUAUUACGUUUAUCAAAAUAAGAGAAGAGACAGCAUCUGGAGUGGUAUGACGGAAGAAGAAAAAGAUUUCUAUAGAAAGAAUACAAAAGAUGAGGGUUCUGCAAGAUUAGAUUUUAGAUUUGAUCAUUAA